GUUCGAGUAUGAAGGGGCGCUCUGCCACUUAUCACCUGUGCGACCUUGGACAAGUCUCUUCCCUUCUCUGAGCCCCAGGAGCUCCCCUGCAGAGCUGCCCGUUCCACGCUUUGGAGAGGCAGUUACCCCUUCUUUCGCCCCCAAUCAUGUUUCGAGGUCCUCGGCUCUCGCUGCGCAUCCCACCUGUACCCACUCCCGGCCUGACGUUCUAAAGGGGCUUCUCCGCGCCCCGCCUCCCCUCGGCUCCCUCCUCUGCCCUCCCCUCUCCUCUCUUUUCCUCUCCCUCUCUCCUCCCUCCUCUCCUCUCCCCUCCUGCGGCCGCACAAACUCCUCCUCCGCCCGGUUGACAUCAGAGCAAACCCGCCGAGCGUCCGGCCGCCGACGGAGGCGGAGGAGAAGCCACCACUGCCGCUGAUUGUGAGCACCCCGGACCAGAGCGAAGAGGAGAAGGAGGAGGCGGCGGCGGCAAGGAGCGUAGGGCGAGCGCCAAGGCGGGCAAGCGGGAGCAGCGCGGCUCGGAGAUCGGGGCCAGGGCCAGCGGCGGCCUCGGGAGGCGGUGGGGGUGGGGGCCCGAGCGACCCAAGGAGCCGCUCCCCCACCUCCCCCCCUCCCAUUGCUGGGCAGCCUCAGGAACCCUGGCUGCAGCUAGUGGGCAGUGGGCAAUGCCUCGGGAAGUGGAAGGACCCACCUGGAAAAAGCAUGCGGAUGACAUUCGGGACAUUUAUGAAUUCCGGGAUGUCCUGGGCACGGGAGCAUUCUCUGAGGUGAUACUGGCUGAAGAAAAGACCACCCAGAAACUCGUGGCCAUCAAAUGUAUUGCCAAGAAAGCCUUGGAGGGCAAGGAGAGCAGCAUUGAGAAUGAGAUUGCCGUGCUGCACAAGAUCAAACAUCCCAAUAUUGUGGCCCUGGAUGACAUCUAUGAAUGUGGUGGGCACCUCUACCUCAUCAUGCAGCUGGUGUCUGGGGGUGAGCUCUUUGACCGAAUUGUGGAGAAGGGUUUCUACACAGAACGGGAUGCCAGCCGACUCAUCUGCCAGGUGCUUAAUGCUGUCAAGUACCUCCAUGACAUGGGCAUUGUACACAGAGAUCUCAAGCCAGAGAACUUGCUUUACUACAGCCUGGAGGAAGAUUCCAAGAUCAUGAUCUCGGACUUUGGGCUGUCCAAGAUGGAAGGCUCAGGCAGUGUGCUUUCCACCGCCUGUGGCACACCAGGAUACGUAGCCCCUGAAGUCUUGGCCCAGAAACCUUAUAGCAAGGCUGUGGAUUGCUGGUCCAUUGGUGUUAUCGCCUACAUCCUACUCUGCGGUUACCCUCCUUUCUAUGAUGAGAAUGAUGCCAAACUCUUUGAGCAGAUACUGAAGGCCGAGUAUGAGUUUGAUUCUCCUUACUGGGAUGAUAUCUCCGACUCUGCCAAGGACUUUAUCCGACAUUUGAUGGAAAAAGAUCCUGAGAAGAGGUUCACCUGUGAGCAAGCCCUGCAGCACCCAUGGAUUGCAGGGGACACGGCACUGGACAAGAACAUCCACCAGUCUGUCAGUGAGCAGAUCAAGAAGAACUUUGCCAAGAGCAAAUGGAAGCAAGCCUUCAAUGCCACAGCAGUGGUGCGGCACAUGAGGAGGCUUCAGCUGGGUACCAGCCAGGAUGGACCUGGCCCUGGCCAAACCACCAGCCACGGGGAGCUGCUGGCACCUGAGACAGGCAGGGGUGAGGCAACAGUGUGGGGAAGGGAGGCUGACUGUCCCAGAGGCACCUUCCAUUACUGACACCUCCCUACCCCCUGAGAGGUCCCCACAUUGGCUACUGCAGGGACUGCUGUGCAGGGUCUUCCCUGAAGUUGUUGGCCACUCACCCACCUCAGCUCUGAGCAGCCUUCACCACAGCUGCUGGGGGCUGGGCAAUUGGAGAGGGCAGUAGUGGUAGUGGAUGAUGAGCUCCUGGGCAAGGGGCUCUGGUGGAACCUGCCAAAGAGAAGCCAUCAUGCCUCAAAGGAUGCUGCAGGGCAGUAGGGCUUCGAGCUGCUCACUGUUUGGGAAGGGGCAAGACACCCUCUGCUCUCCCCUCCUGUCCUUUCCCCAGGGAAGCUGCCUCCUCUUCUCCCUUCCCAGGGCUCUUCAUGAGCCCACUUCAGCUGAUGCCUCCCCUGAAGGGCAAGACUGGCCUCUUCUGUAACCCUGUCUGUCCUAGCUUUGGAUCCUUUUCCUGAUCCUCCUUCUAGCAUCUCACCCUGGUCCCCCUGACCUCUGGGAAGGGCAGGGAGCAAAGCAGGGAAGUUGUAGCAGGAGCCAGGCCCUAAGAAGAGACAUGGGGGUGCUGAAGGUGGAAAUCACUUGGCCAUCUUCCUCUUUCAGUGCUCCUCAUUUCUCCCCAUGCUCUGGUCAAGAUAUCCAACCAUUUUCCAAACAAAUAUUUCUAUUUUAUUGUUCAUUCUUUUAUUAAAGGGAAGAGGUUAAAACCA